UAUUUUUUUUAGGUUUUCUCAUUUUUAUUUCAUCAGUACUGUUAUUCAAAUCGCGAGUAGAAUAGCAGUACGAGAUAAAUAAAUUUUAAAAUGUGUAGCAAUAAUAUAGUGAACUCUACACUAAACAUCACAACAGUAAAAGUGUACAAAUAUAGAUGGAUAAUACUUUUAAUAUUUUGCUUCUAUUCUUCCAUAAAUUUCUUGCAGUUUGCGCAAUAUUCAAUUAUUUCUAACAUCACAAUCAAGUAUUACAAUGUAGAGGACAUAUUUGUGGAUCUCACAGGUCUGUUCUUUAUGUUUGCCUUUAUAUUAAUAUCUCUUCCAGCCAAUCAACUUAUAGAAAAAUACAAUUUGAGAAACACAGCCUUAUUAUCUAGCGGCUUAACAACUUUAGGAAACCUUAUUAAAUUACUGUCAGUUUCUCCGGACCGAUUUUAUGUCGUUUUAAUUGGUCAAGCCCUCUGUGCCAUUGCCCAAGUUUUCAUGACGUGUAUUCCAUCAAAAUUAGCAUCGACAUGGUUUGGCCCAGAUGAAGUGUCCACAGCUUGUGCUAUUGCAAUUUUUGGAUAUCACAUUGGACUUGCGAUCGGUUUUUUCAUGCCUUCAAGUUUGGUCAGGAAUAGCGAUAAUCUCGACGAAAUCGGCGAGGAUUUUAUGACACUACAAAUUAUCAACAGCUCUAUAACUGUAGCCAGUUUUAUUGCAGUUUUGUUAUUUUUCAGAGCUAGACCUCCACUGCCACCAAGUCAGUCCCAAGCCGCUAUUAUUGAUGCGGAAAAACCAUCCACUUUAACUAUUAUCAAGCAAAUGGUCAAGAAUAGAGAUUAUUUGUUCCUAAUAAUAGUGAUAGGAAGCUCGAAUGGACUGUAUUCGUCGUUUGGAAUUUUGUUUAACGGACUUUAUCUCAACUAUUUUCCUGGCUACGAGGUCGAAGUAGGGAUAAUUGCAGCGCUUGCAGUCGUCGCUGGUGGAUGUAUCGGUAGUGUAAUUUUUGGAUAUGUUUUAGACAAGUGGCACCACUUUAAACUCACCACUUUUUUUAUUGUAUUUUGUUCUGCAGUUGCAUUUAGUUUUGAGAUUGUUUCAAUGGAAGAAAAGGCCCAAUUGGCCACUUAUUUUACCAUACCGUUAUUUGGGUUUUUCAUUGGGAGCACAUUAGUCGUAGGUUUUGAAUUUGCAACCGAACUCAUGUAUCCCAUUCCUGAAGCCGCAUCUUGUGCCAUUUUAAACAUCUUUAUUUUUAUUUUUUCAGUGGCGUACACUCUAAUUUUUAGUGCUCUGUACGACUUGAUUGGAUAUACCGCAACAAAUAUUGUUAUAGUGAUCUUAUUAGUCUUAAGCUCAUUUAUUGUUUAUUUUAUUAGACCAACUUUGCGACGAAGAGAAGCAAACAUGAGUAAAUAAGUCAUGUUUAAAUGCAGCGUUUUUUCCAUUCAGUCCAAAUGUUUUCGUAAAAAUCUACACGGUUCUUCAGUUUCUCGAUGUGAAUGUUAAUUUUAUCCAACAUGUUUAAAUUCAUGUUCAUGAUUUGGAUUAAUAAAUAAAUCUGAAUUAAAAGUAGUAAGAUUAAAAUAAAGUUGUUUACACAU